AUGGCACAGGAGGUCGAGCUACUCAUCCAAGAUCAUGAGCUACGAGCCGUCUUAUUGGAUGUUGCCAGGCAGAAUUACAGUGAUGAUCGCGACCUAUGUUCAAACGAAGCAGGCGACCUAAACAUAGAAUGGAGUCUACGGAAGAAAGUACUGGAAUUUGCCAAGGACGCAGAGGCUGGGAAUAGCAGCCGAAAUAUCAACCAAUCGAGUCGACCACAAUCAUGGACUGAGAGAAUGUUUUUACCGGAAGACGGCAGUAGGUCAUUGAAACUCUCCAAUCUGUCGAACAAAGCUUUUUCAAACGAUGCUCUGUUCGCCCGAGUCACCGUAGAAAGGGAUGACCACUCAAGCCAAAAGUCACUCACGCCAAAAGAAAAAGGGCCUAUUUUUGUGUUACCAACUGGGGUGAUAGAUGUGGGGGAAAGCGACGGCACAGCCAAGACGUCGAGGUCAAUAGAGAACACUUAUUUCAAGAGGCAAGUGAGCUGCAAUGAAUCGGCCAGUGGAGCACUUGAGCUCAAACCUAAGCUGUUUGCCAGCGAUAAUAUCACGCUGGACUGUAACAACAUCAACGGCUCGCGUAUAAUAAGCGAAGCGGAAGAUGACUGA